AUGAAAGAGUCCAUCCACAAGGCCAAUUCACAGCUGGAAGAAAAAAUUCACUCACUGCAAAUGGCGAUAGACAGCCUGCAGCAGGAGAAUGUGGCGCUGAUCCAGAGUCUGGGUCGUCAGGAGGAGGCUGUGGAUGUCAGUAACAGACAACUGGACCAGCGUUCAUCUGAGUGCAAAGCGCUCACCCGCCAGCUCCACUGCGCUUUGUCUGACGUCUCACAGCAGGUCAGCAAAGUUAAAAACCAAGCUGCUUCUCGAGAAGAGGCUCUUCAAACCAGAAUUAUGGAACUUGAAGCAGAAAUAUGUAGAAGAGACACAGAGCUCAACCUAGUGCGACGGAGCAAGAUGACGGGAGAGAAGCAGUUUGAAGUCCGCCUCAAAGAUCUCCAGUUGAGUUUAGAUCAGUCUGAGAGCCGCAAACGGAGCAUUCAAAACUACGUGGACUUCCUCAAAAACUCUUACACAACUAUGUUUGACGAAGGACUGCAGGCAACAUGUUUUACUUCCCCUUAUUUUCUAAAAUGA